AGGCGACGUCGACAGAUGGCUGGAACCGCUUUGUCGGUCACACGCUCAGCGUGCUUCUCUCAUUGCCCGCAUUGCCGCGCGGUCCGCGCCAAUCGCGAUUAUGGCGCUCGCCAGAUGAGAGAGGAGCAGUGGAGCAGUGAAGUGAAGUGGAGCAGUGUCGCGCUGGGAACGGUCGUUUUGCGGCGGACGAGCGAUUUUUCACGAGCAGGUAGCAAUAUGGAAGGUCAACAGUUCUGUUUGCGAUGGCAUAAUUUUCAAAAUACUCUCUUGAGCUCGCUUCCAAAGUUGCUGGAUGGAGGUCACCUGACAGACGUUACGCUCAGCGCCGGGGGUAGACACAUUCAUGCUCACAGAAUCAUACUCUCGGCUUGUAGUUAUUAUUUUAAAGAACUCUUUAAGGACUUGAACUCCUUGCAACAUCCGGUCAUUGUGCUACCAGGCAUGGAAUAUGCAAAUCUGUGCGCUCUGGUCAAGUUUAUGUAUAAUGGAGAAGUGAAUAUUUAUCAAGAGCAAUUACCUGCACUUUUAGCUAUGGCUGACACAUUGCACAUUUGUGGAUUAGCUGAUAUGGCUGGGAAAAAUUCGAGACAGGAUAACGGCUUGUAUGUGCAAUCGUCAGUAGUGCAUCCUCAGGAAAGACUAUCGAACGAAGAGAUAAUAAAGACGGAGUCGAAAGACAAUAUAACGGCUACUGGAUCAUCAGAAUCGGUAUCAGUACCCUUGCCUAAAGUAAUGGAUAACUUAGAGGAUUACGAGCCUAGCAACGAUCAAGAAAGUAUACCGUAUUGCGUUAAGACGAAGCCAUAUUACUCCAUAAAUGCGAAGCUAAACCAAAGGGAGAAAACGUCUGUUCCUGUUAACGCAUCUGCUAAUAAGUAUAUCGAUAGAGGCUACUCAGAGAAUAUAGCGGACGAGGCAGCGUCGAUCGUGGAGGAUCAAGUUACCCCUAUAGAAGAUGUAAAACCACCGCCAGCCGUGUGGGACGCGAGUUUCAAGUUGCUUACGGCGUCUGCACCCAAUAGAACUUCCCAGACUUACAACAAAUCCAGUGUCACUUGUCUUAUCUGUGGUAAACAAUUGAGUAAUCAGUACAACUUGCGAGUACACAUGGAGACGCAUAGCAAUAGCUCGUACAGCUGCACAUCGUGUUCGCAUGUAUCGCGAUCGCGAGACGCACUUAGGAAACACGUGUCCUACAGGCACCCGGUAGCUUCUUCUCAAAAACGUCCACGGUAUAAUACGUCAAAAUCAUCAAUAAUAUGAUGAUAAAGUCACUACUAUUCGAUAUAGACAUUUAUGUGUCUAUAAUCUAUAUAGACAUUUUAACCCUCGCUAGGAUACCUUUCUAUUAAAAAUUUAAAAUUUUCGUUAAAUUACGAAAAGAGAAAGAAAAAGAGAUUGAGACAAAAAGAUAUUUUGUUAAAUGUAUUUAAAAUAUUAAAAAUAAUAGAGCGUUGUUCUAGAUAUGUUGAAUUAGAGAAUAAUUUAGCGACAAAGUUCAUAGAAUGAACAUGCCUACCUAUGAAUGAUAGAUUACGAACAUAGUUGAAUUUUUAAAAGCAGCACUGGACUGAUUAAUGAUAAGACAAGUCAUAACAUCUUCGUUAAGUGUACAAAGUAAAGUGUGAUCAUGUUCCUGAAGACCUUUAAUGUUCGAAUUGUUAUCGCUUUCUUGUUAUUGUUACAUCGUUUUAAUAAAAACAAAUUAGAUAA